AGAAACCAUGAUUCUGCUGGAACCGCAUAGCAAGAUCCUGGAAGAAACUAUCCGUGAGAAACUCAACAGCGAUCCAGAGAGAUGCCAGAUUACAUUGGCCGACUUUGAUGGUGUUAUCUAUCGCAUCUCUACACCCGAGUCUAAAACCGUACUGCUUAUCUCAGUUGCUAUCCGAUGCUAUGCCGAGCUGGAGAGAUAUGGUGCUGCUUCAAUUCUAAAGCGAGAGUACGGCCAGUAUUUCGGCGGAUCUACUGAACCCGGAUACGAUGUGUCGUUGACGAUUGACUUGACAACAUUGCCUACUGACCGUGAGCCAUUGAUCAGGGCCAUCUCCCUUCUCAAAAGAAACAUCAUGGCAGCUGCAUUUGAAGCUGCAUUUGUUGCACAACAAGAGGGUCGUGAAUCUGAACUCAUGGCUAUCCACUAUCGUGACGACGAAGCCAUCUACGUAAAGGCUCUUCCUGAUCGUGUAACUGUUAUCUUCUCUACAGAAUUCAAGGAUGAAACAGACAAGAUUUACGGCAAGGUAUUCUUGCAAGAAUUUGUUGAUGCUCGUCGUCAGCCAUCCAUCCAAAAUGCACCACAGGUGCUAUACAGCGCUCGGGAACCUCCUCUAGAACUUCGUGGUGUGAGCGGACUCAAAGACUCCAACACUGUGGGAUACGUCACAUUUGUCUUGUUUCCUCGACACUUUCAUGGUGCCAAUGCAUAUGAUGCAAUUUCUCGCAUCCAGCUAUUCCGAGACUACUUUCAUUUCCACAUCAAGGCGUCCAAGGCAUACAUGCACUCUCGUAUGCGUGCACGCGUCGACAACUUCCUAAAGGUACUGAACCGUGCAAAGCCUGAAAAACCUGACGAUCAAAAAGAAAAGAAGACUGCAAGUGGCAAAUCAUUCAAGCGCAGCUGAGUCGACUCUAUUAUUUACCCUUGAAACGAAUCUAUACUUGACCAAUAAACAGUGACUAUUCAUUCGU